AAGAUGAAUGGCUAGGUUUAUACUCCUGUCCCGGCCCUGCCAGAUCUCAGCUGGCGCCCUGCGGAGUGGCGCGUACUAAUGGCGCGGGGGCGCGGGGGGCGGUGGAUCCGCAGGGUCCGCCCCGCGAACUGCGGGCUCCGCCCCCGUCUGUCCCUCCGGGCCCGGUGCAGCAGCUUCCGGGCUUUGCGGCUCCAGGCGGCCUGUUGAGGCCGCGGCCCCGACGCCGGGCCCGGGAGGGGUCGCAGCGCACAGCGCCCGGAUGCCUGGGUCCGCAGGCAGGCCCGCGCUUGGCCUUGCGACGAGGAUCUCCCAAGACAUCUCUGGCCUGACCUUGCGGAGACCGCGUCUCAGCUGCGUACUCGGGGCACGCACCGGUCGGGCCGCUCUGUAGGAUUCGUAGCUCUCUAAAUCGAGAGGAGAACGCUGCUGGCUGGAGUUUGCUGAACACCUCUCUCCUAACCCCCAAUAAGAGACUGCCUGUUCUUGAGCUCCCUUAGGUCAGCAGUUCAGGACUCUCCAGAUUGGGAGCACCUGAGACCCAGGGCCACCUUCCUUCCUUCCUUCUUGGAGCACCGCCUCUCCAGUUUCUGGGGCACCUUGGGGCGUGGCCUUGGUGAGUGAAACUUGGGGUGCUGCCUGCAGAAAAGGAAAUCCCAGAAACCUAGGGAGGACACCGUGACCCAGGCCUUGUCAGGUCUUGGGGAUUCUUGUCCUGAAUCUUGUGUUUGGGGUGGUGGUGGUGAUAGUGGUGGUGGUGGUGGUGGUGGUGGUGGUGGUGAAUGAAUUUGGAUGUGCCUCCCUUCUUUGCCUCAAAACUGAAAAGGAAACAAGCCACUUGCCACACUUGAGGCUGCAGGACAUCCAGGGAAGUGGGGAGCCACUUCUGAAUUCAGAGUAGGACUCACGAAACAGGUAACAGUUCUUCUGAGCUUGAACGGACUCUGGCUUCUGAGAAGACACUCAGCCCCCAAACCCGAGAAUCGAAGCAGUUCCAGGAAGCAGCCCCAGAAUUGGGGGGGCUCACGACACAUCCCAACCAUGUUCCUGCGACGGCUUGGUGGCUGGCUACCUCGCCCUUGGGGCCGCCGGAAACCAAUGAAGCCUGACCUGCCUACCCCAGAACUCAGACGAGUGGACAGCUCCUCUGAGAAUUCAGGGAGUGACUGGGAUAGUGCUCCAGAAACCAUGGGAGAUGUGGGGCCUCCCAAGACCAAGGACCCAGGGGCACGGAGGAGCUCUGAGGCUGCUCCAGAAUCAAGUAGGGAGUCCCGAGAUGAGCAACUGGGGAGCAACAGAAUGGAUUCCUUCAAGUGGGACAAUACUGUCUCUAACAUUCAAGAGCCUGGGAGACUGGAGACUGGAGGGACCGUUCCCAAACGGGGCCGGGAUCCUGUGGGCUCAAGUGGCACCAGACCUGGAGUGUCGCCUGAAGGGGAACUGAGCCCCCCUGGGCCGGAAGCCCCAGUGGAGAAGCCAGGGCGGCGUCAGAAGCUGCUGGGCUGGCUGCGGGGGGAUCCAGGUGCGGGAGCAGGGGCUCCCUUGCAGUACCUGGGGGGCCCAGAGGAGUGUCUGCAGAUCUCAACCAACCUGACUCUGCACCUGCUGGAGCUGCUGGCCUCAGCCCUGCUGGGGCUGUGCUCACGACCUCUGAGGGCAGCUUUGGAUGCAUUGGGCCUGCGCGGACCGCUGGGCCUCUGGCUGCAUGGGCUACUGUCCUUCCUGGCUGCCCUGCAUGGGCUCCAUGCUGUGUUGAGCCUACUUACUGCUCACCCCCUGCACUUUGCCUGCCUCUUUGGUCUCCUGCAGGCCCUGGUGCUAGCUGUCAGCCUCCGGGAGCCCAGUGGGGAGGAGGAAGCCACUGACUUGGAGGAUGAGAAGUUGGAGAGGGAGGGUGAGGAAUAGAGAGGAGACCCAGGAAAGGGGCUGUGACUGCAAGAUAGAGUGUGACCUAGUGCCCCCAUCCUGAGUGGGGUGGGAGCAAGAGUGAAGAUAGUGUAGCCUGUAGGAGAGUGGGGGCCAUGACCCAGAUUGUAAGCACAGGGACCUCAGGGAUGGGGAAGAAACCCCAGAGUAUGAGGGCAUGGCCCCCCUUCAUACACAGGAGAGAGUAGAGCUGUUUAGGGUAUCUGUUUAUGGACUAUGGGGAUAUCGCCCUUGAAUUCACCAGCUGUUCUUACUUUUUGCUUUUACAUUUCUCCCACUUCCAGUUUUUUCUCUCCACCUUUACUUUUUAAAAGAAAAAAAAAUAAGCGUGGUGGUGAAAAAUAAAGACUAAAGAGUCCUCUUUACCUUUCAAAACUACCCAGGGUUGGAGGAGACCAGAGGCAGGACAGGCCUCUAACUAGGGUAAGAGGGUGGUUGGAGACCCAAGGAAUCCCUUGGAUCCUAGGAUCUGAGCUACCUAGGGAAGAAUGGAGCUGUGAGGUGGGUGGAUUAAGGGGUGUGGAUAGGAGCCGAUGGUGACAGGGAGCCUGCAGGAAGGAUCUGGGUGUUCCCAGGAGCCAGGGGAAGUGGGGAUGGUGCAGGCAGUAUUGGCAGGAGGGCCAGUUCAGAGGGGUUGGCAGCUCAGACAGGAAGUAUGGGGAAGCACUGGAGCUUGGAGUCCCCACUCUGGGGUUAGGGGUUUGCACACUCAGCAAUAAACAACUGUGUCACACCAAAUCCUAAAUAUACCACUACAAAGAGAGUUACCA